AAUUUUCCAAUUUAUUUACUUUUUUUGUAGUAAUGCUUCUUUCAGCCCGAUCUCCUUCUUAUUUUGAGAUUGGUUGGAGGUAUAUGACCACCAACUUUACGGAAUUUCAAAUCGCUACCUGGGGCUCUCUUCUUGUUCAUGAACUUAUAUAUAUAUUGGUUUGCCUUCCAGGAUUUGUUUCACAAUUUCUUCCAUUUAUGAAACGCUAUAAAAUUCAAGCUAAUAGAUCGGAAACUUUUGAAGCUCAAUGGAAAUGCGUUAAGCUUUUAUUAUUUAAUCAUUUUUGCAUUCAGUUUCCUUUAAUAAUGGGGACUUACACUUACACACAAAUUUUCAAAAUCCCAUUUUCCUAUGAAACUAUGCCUUCUUGGUAUAUUCUUCUCUUGCAGUGCGCGGGCUGCGCUCUUAUAGAAGACACGUGGCAUUACUUCAUUCAUAAACUGAUGCACCACAAAAGUCUUUACAAAUACGUUCAUAAAGUGCAUCACACUUUUCCAGCCCCAUUUUCCUUAACGGCUGAAUAUGCGCACCCCGUGGAAACAAUUGUGCUUGGAAUCGGCUUUUUCAUUGGUUUGCUUUCUUUUUGCACGCACGUAUCUUUAAUGUGGGCGUGGGUGGCUCUUCGCCUUAUCGAGACAUGUGACGUCCACUCCGGCUAUGAUUUUCCUUAUAAUCCUUUACAUUUGAUUCCUUAUUAUGGCGGGGCAAAAUUUCACGAUUUUCAUCACAUGAAUACAAUUGGAAAUUACUCUUCUACUUUCACGUGGUGGGACAAAUUGUUGGGGACCGACAAACAAUAUGAAAAUUAUUGCAAAAAGAUGGAAAAACUUCGAGAAAAAGAAGCUUAA